AUGAAAGCGCCGACCACAGUUCAUAGCGCAACUGAGCACCGCCCAUGCUUUGCUGCUCGUGUAUUCACGCUCAUCUUUAAGCGGAGACAGUCUGUCGAUAAGAGUCGCCCGAAGUCAUGGUCAGGACAGCCCACCUCUGCAUCUGUAGAGACCCUUGCUCGCCACACAAGCGCCAGAAGCAUGAUCACACGUCAAUCAGGGCCUCUGGCCUCAGAAGUUACAUCUCGUAAUACUGAUGAUGACUAUGACCACGACUCAAGUUGGCGAAAACGCCAAACACACUGCGCAAAUUGCGGGCGUUUGUUCUUUGUAUCGCUGUCGGCGCUAAGUUGCGGUUCUACGCGUUUCUGCUCACUGGACUGCAAAACUACUUUCGAGUACGUGAAACAUCUUGAGGAAUUGCUGGCUGAGCACAUGUUAAAGACUAGUAGCUGUAAUGGCUCGAGCUCCGAUGAAGAUGAUUACAAAGUCGAAGAAGUUGAUGUUGAGAAGCUCUUAACAAACUUGACUUGA